CUCCCCACUGCAAACCCCUCUUUUCUACACAGACACACACACGUUUUCUUGGUUACAUUGGUUGGCUAAAGAAAUCUGAUUGCUAAUCAUGGAAUGUUAACCAUAUAUUGAAAAUAAAAUAUGAGGAACUGAAAAAUGAAUCAAUACCAAGUGGCUGGAAAGAAAAAGCAGUAGUGAGAAACAUUAAAGCAUUGUAGGAAAUAGCAAGAAAAUUCACGGGCAAUUGCUUGAUUUGACCAGUGAAAGAAAAAAAAAAAAAUGAAAGCAGGACUCGUAAAACGAAAGAUUAUAAUCUUUUACCAGUACAUUUAGUAGAUCAUAAAGAUGAAAGAAGAAGGGGAAGGAGAGAAGAGCGACUGAGUGAGAGCGAGCACGCGCACAGAGGGAGGGAGGGAGGUAAAGAAGGUGCAGCUAAGGACCCUCCAUUUGUCACAAAGUAAUGAAAACCUAUUUGCUGUCCGAUGUGCAGCUCAAUGCAUUAAAAUAAUAGGUUUAAUAAAAAAAGGAAGUGUCUUGGACAAAAGCUUAUUUUGUUCUCCUUUUUAAUUUUUAAUUACGGCAUCUCCUAUGCAUUUGUAUCAAGUUAGAUAUGAACCAUUCUAUUCCCUUUAUUUGUUUAUAUUUUAUCUUCCAUGUUGAAUAGAAAUAUUUUAUUGGUGUACUGUGCUGGUUUGUUUUACUGAUAUUAUUUUAAUGGCUUUGUUUUAGUGUUUUAUUACUUUGUAGUUUUUGUUGGAUUAUUGUGCGGACAUUGUUGAUCAUGGAUGACAAUAAUGCUGAAGGAAAUGAGAAUGCCAACCCCACUCCUAUUUCUACCAAUAAUCCCACUCCUGACUUACCCUCAUCAUUCCAUGGGACUGCUAAAACUGAUCCUGCAUGGGCAUAUGUUACAUUUAAAAAAGAGGGAAAAGUAAAUGUUUUUACCUGCUUUUUUUGUGCAUCAAUUUAUAGGGGAGAUGGAAUAAAUAGGAUGAAGUAACAUCUAGCUAGUGUCACUGGUCAAGUGUGUUCUUGUAAAAAAGUCCCUUAUGAUAUACGUGUCAGAAUGAAAGAAUCUUUGAAAGAAGGUGCAAAGAAAAAAUCUGUUAAUGAUGUAGAAGACAACGUUGAAAUUAGGAAAAUUGAAGAGCCAAUUGUUUCACCUCGACUUAGGAUAGGCAUUGAGAAUAGUGGCAACAAGAGAAAAGCUCUUAACACUAGGAGGAUUGAUAAUUGUUUUGUUCCUAGGACAAUUCCUGGUUCUCAACCAAGCCUCAACAGUGUAUUGUAAACUAAAGAAGCACAUUAUAAUGUCAAGAUGGUUAUUGCUCAAUGGGCUAUUAUUAAUUGCAUUCCAUUUAGUGCAUUAGAUUUUCAAAAAGUUGUUGAUGCUAUUGCUUCAAUUGGGCCUGGGUUUAAGGUCCCUAAAUCUCAUGAUUUUAGAAAUACAUUGCGGGGAGAUUGGAAAAAAGAAUGACAGUUAAUGAUUGAGAGUCAUCGUGGAAAAUGGAAAGAAAAUGGCUAUACACUUAUGGUUGAUGGUUGGACCGAUGGUAGACUGUAAACUUUAAUUAAUUUUUUAGUCUAUUCAAUACAUGAUAUGAUAUUUAUGAAAUCAGUUGAUGCUUCAGAUUUAGUUAAAGAUGCCAAAAGUUUAUUCUAUUUGUUCUGUGAAGUUAUUGCUUGGGUUGGUCCUGAAAAUGUGAUCCAUGUAGUGACUGACAAUGCUGCUAACUAUGUGGCAUGUGGUAGAUUGAUUAAAGAGAAAUAUAGAACUAUUUAUUGGUCACCUUAUGCAACUUAUUGUUUAAAUCUUGUUUUCAGUGAUAUUGUUUCCAUGCCUCAUGUGUCAAACCUUACAACAGAGGCAUCUAAAAUCACUAUAUUUGUAUAUAAUCAUAUGAACUUUUUGUCAUGGCUAAGGAAAAGACCCGGUUAGAAGGAAAUUGUACGUCUUGGUGUGACAAAAUUGCAUUGAACUUCCCAUCUACGACGGAAGGUGCCCUACGGCGUGAGACGGCAUGCCAAGGGCCGACGCGAGGAUCAGCGCCUUCACUAUUUUCAUUUGCAGAACGGUUCCUUGAGAAUGGUUGGAGAUUGCCUUUGUGUCACUGUGUCACUUCUCAUUCUUUUUCUUUCUUUCUUUCUUUCUUUCUUUUUAAUUUUGCUUGCUUGCUUUUGCCGCCUUAGGAGGGCUUAGAUGAUUUUUGAGUGUUUGAUGUAUCUCACGGUUGUGAUUAAACUAGGGGCACCUGCAUGUUACCAAUUCCCACUCCCUUUCACGGGCACGGUCAAAGUCGAAGCGUUAAAAUGGAACAUGGAUUGGGCUUACCACUUGCUUCAGAUGAUGAUGGAGACAAAGAAUAUUUAAUGGAGUUGAGUAUAACAGAGUUGGUUUCAAAUUUGAGAACUGCAUUCCGUAUGAUUGACUAUGACCGCGUGGAGGAGGUCUUGGUUGAGAAGGAAAACAAAUUAAAGGCUGAGAUUAAGGUACUAACUGAUAGAAUAGAAUUAGAGAGGUUAGAGAGGAUGAGUGUUCAAGAUGAAUUGAGGAAAUGUAAGGAGCAAUGUGAGAUAAGGCAGCAUGCUGAAGAGAGAUAUGAGAAACUGUUGGAAGAGGUGAAGAAGAACAACGGCUUAAAUGAUGGAAAUAUGAUUGCUGAGUUGAGGAUUAGGAAUGCUGAAUUGGAGAAUGAAAAACGUAAGGCUGAUGAGUCAUGGAAGAAAAAAAUUGAGGAGCUGAGUGAACGACUUUUGAUUGUGGAGAAAGGUGCAAACUUGUUUAUGAAUGGAGAAACUCACUUGGGAAAUGGAGGAGAAGGUGAGGAGCUGUCUGAGCUUCAACGAAUCAUUGAUCCAAGGGUUUCUAAUAAAGUCAUUAGCAAAAAAGAUAUGAGUGAUGUAGAUGUAUGUGAUAAUGAGCAUAAAAAUAUCACAGCAGGGGCACCUCCUUCGCAGAGAAAGGACCUCAAGUCUGUAAACAUCCAUCCAUCUGCUGUUGAAGUCACUAGGCAAUCCCCGGACUCUCCUAACAAGGCGGUGCUUGGUACAUCAGGGGUUUCCGCUGAAGAAGACACGGACAGACAUGAUAAUAAUGAAGUUGAUAGAGAUGACCAUGAGUGCAGAAAUAUCACUACAGAUGGCUGUGGAAAUGUCCAUCUCGUUGUUGAUGAUGAUGCUAGGCAAUUCCCAGACACUCCGAACACAGCUGACCUAGGUGCAUCAGGUACUUCUCCAUCUAAGAGAGGCGAUUUUGGAAAUACCUGUCUCACUGAUGAUGAUGAUGAUGAUGAUUCAAGGCAAUCCCCAAACACUCCAAACAUAGCCAUGCCAGGUGCAUCAGGGGUUUUUGCUGAAGACAUGGACGGACAGGAUAAUAAUGAAGUUGAUAUGGAUGACCAUGAGUGCAGAAAUAUCGCUGCAGACGACAGUGGAAAUGCCCAUCUCGCUGUUGCUGAUGAUGCUAGGCGAUCCCCAUACACUCCAAACACAGCUGAGCUAGUGCAUCAGGUAUGGAUAUAA